GCCUUUUGGUUUUGGUGGGUGGGGUAGCUCAAAAAUAUAAGGAUUGAGAAAAAUAAAUAAAUAAAUGAAAAUGUGCCAUGGAAUUAUAUGCGUGCCUUGACAGCCUUUGUACUCCAUGGAUGAAGGGAUGAAACUGAAACCAGUAGUAGUUAUUAUGUUGGACGUGCACAGGAAAGGCGAUGGUGAAUCUGAGGCCGAAGCUAUAUAUGCUGUGUGAUGCGUGGAGUUAUCUAAAAGCACUUUAAAAGUGGAGAGAGAUGGAGAAUCUUUGGUGGGACUACUAACUUAAAUACUGUUCGAUUGUUGUUGUCGUUGCUGCUUCUGUUUCUAUCUAUCUCUUUCAAUGUACAAUUCCAAUUGUAGUUGUGUUUGAGUAGGCUAUUGUUUUGUGUUUUGGGAAGUGCCCAACAAUCAACAAAUGAAUGCAUUGUGCGUAGUACUAGUACACACAGACCCGAGAGAAGUAUUAUGUCAUGUUCUGUGUCAAGUUCUGCUUUUUUUUCCCUUAGUUAAAUUUAUCCCAACACCACCUCUCUCUCUGACUUCUCUGACGUCCCACCACUGUCCCCCCACCCCCACCACUCUCCUCAUACCUUUGCUUUUCCAUAAUUAAACAUCGGUACCCACCAUCUCUCUCUCUCUCUCAUACACACACUCUCUGUCUCUUUCUCUGUCUGUCCAUUUCCUUCUUGUUUUUUUUUCUUAUUUAGAUGUGUCCUCUCAUCUAGUCUCCACUAAUUGUAUAUGUUCAUGGGAUGAUCAGGCAUAUAGAAAGCACAACUGAAGCAGAUGUCUGCAAAUUCGAACCAAUAUAAAUCCAUAAGCUUUGCAAUUCUGCUUGAUCUUUGUGUGAAAACAUGUACUGCUGCAAAAUGGUUGUGGCUUUUACCUAUGAAGGACACCUGUAAUCUGUGCUCAUGUCUUUCUUUUUCUGUCUAAGCCUGUAAUCCGUGCCUAUGGGGUCUGGUUAGUCUCUUUGAAUUGAAUUUUUGGGUGUUUUGGCUGCACUCUGUAGAGUCUAUUACAGAAUAGUCAUUCUUAUCAACGAAGACUUAUGCUGGUCCUCUGGAUAUCUCAAAAAGCAGAGUGGCUUAACCUGGUUGCUGCAAAUCUAGGAUGUAAAGUGGCUUCUAGAACAAACCACGCAGCCCAACAAUGAAACCUGGCUUUGACCUCAAAGUAAAGGCCUCUUCUGAAAAUGAUUCUGAAGUUAGCAGUCAAGUAGCUUCCAACAAAUCCAUCACCUCUGCAGGUCUCUCCAAAGACAGCCUUGAUGACUCUUCCCAACUCACAGAUCUUUUUGUUACUCGAUCCGAGUUGGACCCAGUCACCCUCGACUUAACUCUCAACUUCGUCGCUGAUAAUUUAGGGGGAAGGGAUUCAAUAGGACUCUCAUUGUCAAGCACGAGUGAAAGCAGCAACGAGCCUGCAUCCCAUGCUACAACAGCAGCCAUCCCACGAGUCUUUUCUUGCAAUUACUGUCAACGCAAGUUCUUCAGCUCGCAGGCUCUUGGUGGCCACCAAAAUGCACACAAGAGAGAAAGAACAUUGGCAAAGCGGGCCAUGAGAAUGGGCAUUUUCUCAGAGAGGUAUGCCAGCCUAGCAUCUCUGCCUCUACAUGGAUCUCCAUUCAGGUCACUAGGAAUCAAGGCACACGCUUCUGCACAUCAUGGCUUUGUGCCACCAACCAGGCCCCCCGAAAUCAGAAACACCCCCAAGUUUCAACAUGGGUACUUGGGUAUGCCCAUUUUCUUGGAGGAUGAUGAGGCAGAGUUGUUGUGGCCUGGUAGUUUUCGUCAGGCUGCUGAGGCAGGUAAUCCUCAUCCAAGUUUUGUACUGACUGAAAGUCGAAAUAUAAAGUUUGUAGAGGUGAGUCCACCUGUGGACAUAGACAACUCUACACCCGACCUCACGUUGAAACUUUGAGAGGAUUGUUGCUUUCAAAUCGGGCUUCAGUAUCUCCACUUCUGUUAUAUCUCUGUACAGUGAGAUGUGCCUGGCCAAUGACUGCAAGCUUUUGUUCUUAUAGAUCUUUUCUUUCUCUGUCGGUUAUCCCAUCUUCCCUUUUGUGUUCUACUCUGUUUGUCGUUGUAUAAGAGCUUCCCCAAGGAUAAUUUGUUGCUCCUAUGCUUGUUAUGACACAUAUCAUGCUUUUGAUUUAAAUAACGUUAUUCCAGUGUUCAGGUUA